AUGGCCGACCCAUAUGAUUACGAAUACGAGUCUCCGCUGAAGGGCUACCAAGGCCUGGAGCCUUUGUCUGAGGAGAAGCAAAAGGACGGAAAGUCGUUUGUGAACCCGCCGGCCAAGUCUCCCAGCACCUCCUACACCGAAUUCGUGGACCCGCUGUUGAAAGACGAACGCGGCGGCUUCGAUGUGCACAUCUACUACCUGCAAGGCAACGAGUUUGAGACCAAGUUUGCCAAGGAGCUGCAUGAGAGGAUUCGACGAGAGUUUCCCGAGCUGCGAGUCUACAAAGUGUGGGAUAGACCGAUUGGCCCGCACCCCGUGGCGAUGUUCGAGGUCAACUUGUUCACGCCUCAGCAAUUUGGCAGUUUUAUUCCGUGGUUGACAAUUCAUCGCGGUCCAUUGAGUGCUCUGGUGCAUCCCAACACCAACGACGAAUAUCGAGAUCACACGCAGCGGGCCAUUUGGAUGGGCCAGCCUUUCCCGCUGCACACCGGGAUGCUGAAGGCGAAGAAGCCGCAAACUGGGGUAGUCAAUGGGGCAUAG